CAACGAUAGAGAUACCAAAAUGUUUUUUCUGGUAAUGAAAGAAGAUUAAAGUAAAACUUGCCCUGCUAAAAUUUUUAGCUUACUUUAGCUUACAAUGAGUUUGAAAUUCGUUUUCCGAACAUUAUCAAAAUCAAUUUGCGCUGUACAAAAAAUAAUAUAUUCUAAUUCUAUACCUUCGAUAUUAAAAAUUUCUAAUUCAUUCACGUGGGCUCGGGCGAUGAUUCCACUCCACUGCCAUCACAUUCUCAUUUGACGAGUACCUCAAUUAUUUAAUUGGAUCGUUGAUACCAUUAAAUUUAGCUGUUUUUCAUAUAUGUCGAAUCUUUCCCAGCACGAAAAUACACCUUUCUCUCCACAUCAAACGUCAAAAUUAUGCUCUCUCGUUACUAAUUUUACUGAGUUUUUGACUCAACGACACGAUUCAGCAAAAAUUGUUACUGCCCAUCUAGUCACCGAACAGAGCUAAUAUAUAACGGAAGUAAAACAUAUUCCUCAGUUACAUUAUUUGAUUAAAAAAAAAAAAUUAAAUUUACUUAAAUGCGUCGAUCACAACGACUUCAUAAUAAAUAUGUGGAGACGGAUAAAGUUUUACUUUGUAUGGAUAAGAAAAACAGUCUUCCUUCUGAAGAUCGGAAAAGAGAACUAGAAAAUCAAAACCAAGAGGAGGAAAGUGUGGAAAACGGAAGUGACAAACACGAAAAUUGCUUAGCUCAGUUGCCAACGGGAGCAAAUGAGAGUCGAAGCAUAGUGGUUACUAACAAUACCCAACAAAAAAAUUUCAAAAAGGGUAAAGAGCGAAAAGUAUCCAAUAACGAAAAUGAUUCAAUUUCAACUCAGCCGCAAACUGAAGGACGUACAACCAUGAGAUCGUCCAUUCCAACAGCGGCAAAAAGAGGUCGAAAAAGGCUAUCAAUUCUAACAAGAAAUAAUCGAAAAUGCAAAAGAAACUGUCUUGUGACUGCUACAAAUAGUGGCGAAAUAAAGCCACCCAUAAUACCCAUUGAUAAUUAUCUAAACCCCUUACGAAAUCCUUUGCUUCAGCCUGGUGCAAAUAUUCAAAAUACGGACUUUUCUUACUACAAUCCCAACUUUCCAAGAAUGAAUACAAUUGCGAACAAUAAUUCACUAUUGCCACAAGUCUAUCCAACACAUUUUGCAAAUCAAAACUACACAGUUGCGAAUGGAUUAAACCAUCCACAACAAUUGCCGACGGUUCCAGCUUGGGAUGUAAAUGCUCAACCAGAGAUACAUUUUCCUACGCCAGAAUUAAGCGAACCCUUCGAUUUUGAUUCGUCGACCUCUACGCUUUCUUUACCAGAGUCUUUGCGGGAAGUAUUUGGAUGUGAUGACAUACGAGACGUUUUAAAAUUAGAUAAGGUUGUUUAUCGAAUGCGUCUUUUACAUCUACAAACCUUAGCAUUUGUGUUAAAUAUCGAAUAUGAUUAUCUACAUGACUUAAUUGAGAAAAUUAUGAAAUUGGAUACUGAAACUUUAAAAAAAGUAAUUUUAGCUUUUCAACCUGAUCACAUAUAG